AUGAAGUUCACCACCACCGCCGUCCUCGCCAUUGCCGCGCUCGUCGAGUCGGCCUCUGCCCUCGGCAAAGCCCGCGUCGUCAACAAGUGCCCCUUCAGCGUCACCCUCUGGUCCGUUGGCAGCACAAUCUCUGCGCCCACGACUCUCGCCCAGGGCGGCUCCUACGGCGAGACCUUCUCGCGAGACCCCGUCACCGGCGGCCGCGCCAUCAAGGUCACCAUCCAGCCCGACGGCCUCUAUACCGGAAAGCCCCAGACCAUCUUCGCCACCAACCUCGACGGCAACACCAUCUGGUACGACCUCUCGGACGUCUUUGGCGAUGCCUUUAACGGCCACAAGGUGGUUGUCGCCAGUGCCAAUACUGCCUGCCCCAAGAUUGUCUGGAACAGCGGUGUCCCCCCUGCUGGAAGUCAGGUCUCCAAUUGCAAUGCCAACUCUGAUGUGACCUUGACUCUUUGCGCUUAG